UAUUCUUGUUGAAUUCUUCCUGUCUGUGUGUGAGAAAAAAAGAUCAGGGUUUCUAAGAAAAUGAUGAAUGUUGAAAGAGUAUGUUGUAUGUGUGGCGAUGUGGGCUUCCCUGACAAGAUUUUCCGAUGUAUCAACUGUCACCACCGCUUUCAACACUGGUAUUGUAGCAAUGACUAUAAUGAAUCAUUGGAGCCGACGGAGCUUUGUGAUUGGUGCCGAACCGAAGAAAUCAAAGCCUCCAAACAUCAUAGUUCAUCCAGGAAACCAAACUCAAAAUUAGACAGUGGAAUAAAAAAAUGGACAGAAUAUUCCGGUUAUAAGAAGAUCAACCGACGUAACCGUCAGCAUGGUGAAGGAAAGCCACCCACCGGAGCUCCUUCACCAAGGAUUAGUACUCGAAGGAUCCACCAGCAUCGGCACCUCAUUGCCAUCAUCGAAGAAUGUUUACACGAGUCAGAUGAAGAACAAAUGUGCUUUGUAAAGAAUUCUUUAAUGACUUAUGAUUUUUUCUUAUUUCUUCUUUUUUGUUCAUUGUAAUUUCAUCUUUACAUAAGUAAUGGAUCAAGGAGUGUCCGUUAUUUAGGUUUAUUAUUCAAAUGGCCUGUUUCAAUGGCCAGUGAUCAAUAACCAAUGU